AAAUGCCAAACGCUUCCUCUGUGCUCCUGGAGCCCACUCCCAACGCUUCGUACCCCCCUCCAUCCGAUGACCGUGAUGAUGCUUUGGCUCAGGCUGAAAUUGCCAUUUUGGCUUCCAUCUUCCUGCUGGCCACUCUGAGCAAUGCCCUGGUGCUUGGAGCUCUCUUCCGCCAGGGUCGGCGGGCCAGCCCAAUGCAUCGAUUCAUCCAACACCUCUGCCUGGCCGAUAUGACGGUGGCCCUCUUCCAAGUCCUCCCUCAGCUCAUUUGGGACAUCACCGAUCGCUUCCAAGGCCCAGACAUCUUAUGCCGUGCCGUCACUUAUUUGCAGGUGGUCGGAAUGUUCGCCUCGUCCUACGUUAUCGUGGCCAUGACCUAUGACCGCUACCGUGCCAUUUGCCGGCCAUUGCUGGCUUUUCGGAGGGGAACAACCUCACGGCAUCGACCUGUGCUAUUGGCCUGGGCAGCAUCCUUCCUUCUGAGCCUCCCACAGCUUUUCAUCUUCUCCAAAACGGAACUGCCUAGUGGAGCCUAUGAGUGCUGGGCAGCCUUUGCGGAACCCUGGGGAGCCCGGGCCUACAUCACCUGGGUGUUUCUGAUGGUCUUCCUCCUUCCCACCUUCUUCAUUGCCACCUGCCAAGGCAUGAUCUUCUGCGAGGUCUAUCACAGCCUGCGUUUGGGGCCAGAAGCAGCCCUGGCUUGUAAGGGGAGCCAACAAGGGUCCUCUCCUAUAUCUGGCGCUGUAGCGAAGACUCUUAAGAUGACACUGGUUAUCGUGCUCACCUAUGUUUUCUGCUGGGCCCCCUUCUUCCUCGUACAACUGUGGGCUGUUUGGGAUCCUCAACCACCCACUGAAGGU